AUGACUGCACGCACAGCUACAGAGAAAGCUUCGAGCACAUCGGCACCGACUUCUAUGGGAUCACUGAAGGAGGAUAUUUGUGUGAAGAUCGAACAAGACGAAAUCGAAGAAAUUGUCGAGGUGAAUUUGUACAACGCCCACAUCGACGUGAGCGGCGUCGACGAGCGCAAGCUCAUCCGGAAGAUUGACUGGCGUCUGGUCCCUUGGCUCUCUUUCCUCUUCCUCUUGAGCUUUUUAGAUAGGACGGCUGUCGGUAAUGCCAGGCUCUAUGGGAUGGAAGCAGAUUUGCAUAUUACCGACCAACAGUAUCUGAUCGCCCUAACCGUAUUCUAUUUCCCCUAUGCCGUCUUCGAGGUUCCAUCCAAUGUGGUGCUAAAGAAGUUGCGCCCGUCGAGAUGGCUAUCAAUUCUUAUGCUUGCCUGGGGUGUCGUGAUGACAUGUCAAGGCCUCGUUCGGAACAACGCUGGCUUCAUCAUAAUCCGAUGGUUCCUUGGUGCCACCGAGGCCGGUCUGUUCCCCGGUGUGACCUAUCUCUUAUCCUGCUGGUAUAAACGAUCAGAGUUUGGCUUCCGUGCAGCUGUCUUCUUCUCGAUGGCCACCAUUGCCGGAGCCUUCGGCGGUCUUCUUGCUGCGGGUCUAUCCCAGAUGGCGGGCAUCGGCGGUAAGCCCGGGUGGUCAUGGAUCUUCAUCAUCGAAGGGCUCGCCACAAUUGUGGCGGGGGCGUUCUCCUUCUGGCUCGUCGAGGACUUCCCAGACACGGCCACAUUCCUCACGGAGGCAGAGCGCACAUUUGUCGUGCGGCGCUUACAGGAGGACGGCCAAUUCAGUGCCGCGGGCGAGAAGUUGCGCUUGAAAUCGAUCAUCAAGAGCUUGGUGGACUGGAAGACCUACGUCGGGAUGAUUAUAUACGCAGGUAGCGAAGGUCCGAUGAACGCAAUUGCACUGUUUCUCCCUAGUAUCGUUGCUCAGCUUGGCUACACCGCGACGCCGGCCAACCUCCUCACUGUGCCCGUGUAUGUCGUCGCAUGCAUAGGCACCUGUCUAGUUGGGUAUCUCGCCGAUCGUUAUGGCGGCAGAGGCUAUUUCAACAUCGGCUGCUUCGUCCUCAGCGGCAGCGGCUUCGUUAUCCUGAUUUGUUCGCGAAGCGCGGGACUGUCGUACUUCGCGUGCUACCUCGCCGCGUGUGGCGUGUACCCGACGAUUCCGAACCUCGUUGCGUGGAUGUCGAGCAACGUUGAGGGGUCGUACAAGCGCAGCGUCACGCUCGGCAUGGUCAUGAGCUUCGGCAACGUGCAGGGUGCGGUCUCGUCCAACGUGUAUCGUGCCCAGAAUGCACCGUGGUAUACCAUGGGCCACGGCAUCCUCCUGAUUUACAUCGGUGUUGGUGCCCUCAGCUCGAUCGCAUUCAUUUUGUGCCUUCAAAGGGAGAACAAAAAGCGUGAUCGGGGCGAGCGCGACGAGGUCAUGAAGGGCAUGAACGAAGACAGGGUUGACCUGGUGAAGAAUGGGGUCUUUGUGAAUAUAGACGAGGCAAGGCGCGAGAAGGGUGAUGACUGGAGCAAGUUUCGUUACCGCUGGUGA